UGAAUGUGGAGUGCACACACUAUGACUGUCGAGUAUAAAGUAAUUGUUUGUCACGCGCAUUUACUAGCUCGAUGUCUUAUGUUUGCAUCCCCGAAGUCGGCUUUCGUGACGGAGUCAUUCCAUCCCGUCACGCAAAAUCUACAUAAACCCUCAUAACCACCACCAACACCUCUGUCUAACUCCAGCACUAUCUGUACCCCUCGGACACUAGAAUACCUCAAUUGACGCCAUGGUAGCCCGCUCAGACGUCCACUACUUCGGCGCUGGCCCGGCUCCCCUGCCCACCAACGUACUCGAAGAAGCCGCCAAAGUCCUCCUCAACUACAAAGACAAAGGCAUUGGCAUCUGCGAAAUCUCCCACCGCUCUGCCGACGCCAACGAGAUCCUAGCCAACACAAAAACCUCCCUCGCAAAGCUCCUCGAUAUCCCCGAUGACUACGAGAUCCUGUUCCUCCAAAGCGGCGGAAGUGGCGAGUUCAGCGCCGUUGUGUACAAUCUAGUGUCAAUCUGGGUUGAAAAGCGGCGGGUAAAAGCAGCAGAGCAGGAGCUAGGCAGCUCGGGAAGCGUGAAAUCUUGGGGUGAUGCGGUCUUCAAGCGGCUACAGAAAGAGGUCGCAGAGGAGCUGAAGCUGGACUAUCUUGUAACGGGAUCGUGGUCAUUGAAAGCAUCACAAGAGGCAGCGAGGCUGGUAGGGGCCGAACAUGUCAACGUAGCUGUGGAUUCGAGGAAAGCGAACGACGGCAAAUUCGGCGUCAUCCCGCCCGAGUCGGAGUGGACCCCCUCCAAGAAAGCUGCCUUCGCCUACUUCUGCGACAACGAGACCGUCGACGGUGUGGAGUUCCCCGCAUUCCCGAAGAGCCUGGAAGGCGAAGACGCGCCACUGGUUGUCGCAGACAUGUCGUCCAACUUCAUUAGCCGCAAGGUCGACGUGAGCAAGUAUGCCGUCAUCUUCGGCGGUGCCCAGAAGAACAUUGGCAACACUGGCAUAACGAUUGUCAUACUGCGGAAGUCGCUGCUCCCACCGGCUUCUGCCGCGGCUGAUCCCGAGCUGCUGAGGGCGUUGGGACUGCCUGUGGGCCCGAUUGUCUUGGAUUGGCCCACCAUUGCGAAGAACAACAGCCUGUAUAACACGCUGCCGAUCUUCGACGUCUGGAUUGCUGGUCAGGUCAUGUCUGGGCUCGAAUCAACGUACGGGGUCAAGAAGAUCAGCGGCCAGGAAGAAGUCUCGAAUGACAAGGCCGCAAUGAUAUAUGGGGUUCUUGACAAAUAUCCGGAGGUGUACCGCGUGGUACCGCACAAGUCAGCUCGCAGCCGGAUGAACAUCUGCUUCAGAGUCGGCGGGGGUGACGCGGAGAAGGAGAAAGCCUUCUUGACUGGAGCUGAGAAAGUAGGGCUGCUGGGUCUCAAAGGGCACCGGAGUGUGGGCGGAAUUCGUGCUAGUAAAGAUAAUGCCGUGUCGUUGGACGGCGCAAAGAAACUUGUGGCCUACCUCGAGGGCUAUGCGAAGGCAGUAUAAGUGCAGCAGGGAGCACAUGACGGCAUGAUAGGGGUCUUGGGCAGUAAGUAGGCGUCGGCGGCUUCAAAAAUGUUCAACUCGCUCGAGCAUCAAGCGAUGGGUGAACUGGCAUAAUGUCCACAUUCAACAUGAUACCCAGGGUUUUGUUCCGUUUUCGCUACUGAGAACAUGUCCGUGAUGGCGAUUGCCAGGCCGGUUCAAUAAAGGGGAAUCUACUGCAUCAACCGGUUGUUUUCUCAAGCUGUGAUGUGCGAACACCCAUCCGAUGUGGAGUGCGGGAUGGUGGCAACCGACUCGAGUGGUAUUCCAGAAUGAAUCGAGUCAGGGCCGUCCAAUGCAUCUGCUCGGAUAGCUUCCGAU